CGGCUUUUCCUUUGUUAUUGGAUGAUGAUAUUGAGCCCCUUACUCCCUCAGACCGACUAAAAUUUUGGCUCCAACAUCUAAAAAAUGACGGCCCAAAGCCCUUCCUUUGUAUUUCUCUCUCUCCGACCCAAUAUCGCAAAGCCCGCACUUUCCUUCUCUCUUUCUGUGUCGUCGCCGUGACGCGACGCCGUUUUGAAAGCACGGCGAACUGUCAACUCCGGCCGUUUACAGUGGUCUCGGAAGUAGCCGUACUGUCCACACGUUUCACGCAUUGCCGCACGUGCAAAGCUCGCACAGAGCCUUUCUCUCGGAAGACCAAUCCUUUUCUCAGCCAAACAAACAAACGCUAGAAAUAUUUGUAGCCCUAAGAAAAAAUGGGGAGCGAGAGCAAUCUGAAGACAUGGGUAUCCGAUAAGUUGAUGACGUUUCUCGGAUAUUCUCAGCCCACUGUUGUUCAGUACAUUAUUGGAUUAACCAAACAAGCAAAAUCACCGGCUGAUGUGGUGGGCAAGCUUGUAGAAUUUGGGUUGUCCUCUUCGGCCGAAACAAGUGCAUUUGCUGAAGACAUCUUCGCAAGAGUGCCCCGUAAAGAAUCUGGUUUGAAUCUAUAUCAGAAACAAGAGAGGGAAGCUGCGAUGUUGGUGAAGAAGCAGAAGACAUAUUCUCUCUUGGAUGCAGAUGACCAAGAUGACGAUGAUGGCGAUAGAUCUUCUGUCCAGGUUGUUUCUGAGUCCAGGAAAGCUGACUCCCAUAAGAAACGUUUCAGGAAGAAGGUCUUGAGUCAAGAAGAUGAAGAUGAUGAGGUGAUUGCACAAGAGAAAGAAGAGAGACGAGUUAAAAGACGAAUUUCCCCAGAUGACAAUGAUGGUUCAGAGUCAGAAGAAGAAAGAUUGCGUGAUCAAAGAGAGAGGGAGCAAUUGGAGCAGAAUAUAAGGGAACGGGAUACAGCAGCUACACGAAAGUUAACAGAGAGAAAAUUAACACGAAAGGAAGAAGAGGAGGCUAUUCGGAGAAGCAAUGCAUUGGAGCGGAAUGACCUUGAAGAUUUAAGAAAAGUUUCAAGACAAGAAUAUCUCAAGAAGAGGGAGCAAAAGAAAUUGGAGGAAAUCAGAGAUGAUAUAGAGGAUGAGCAAUACUUAUUUGAUGGUGUGAAGCUCACUGAAGUAGAAUAUCGCGAACUAAGUUACAAGAAACAAAUAUACGAGCUGGUGAAGAAGAGGUCAGAUGAGGUUGAGGAUACCACUGAGUACAGGAUGCCAGAUGCGUACGAUGAGGAGGGUGGUGUUAAUCAGGAAAAGAGAUUUUCUGUCGCUGUGCAACGCUACAGGGACCUCAGUGCUGGGGAUAAAAUGAACCCAUUUGCAGAACAGGAAGCUUGGGAGGAUCAUCAAAUUGGAAAAGCAACGCUGAAAUUUGGUUCAAAAAAUAAGAAACAAAUAUCUGAUGAGUAUCAAUUUGUAUUUGAGGAUCAGAUUGAUUUUAUCAAGGCAUCAGUGAUGGAUGGUGAUGAGUUUGAUGAUGACGGGCAACCCUCUGAGUUACUUGAGUCGAAGGCGAAAACGGCCUUAGAGAAGCUCCAGGAUGACAGAAAAACAUUACCCAUCUACACCUACCGCGAUCAAUUGCUUGAAGCUGUUGAAAAUCAUCAGGUUCUUGUUAUUGUUGGUGAAACUGGUUCUGGAAAAACCACACAGAUACCCCAAUAUCUUCAUGAGGCUGGAUACACAAAGCGUGGAAAGAUUGGGUGCACACAGCCACGACGAGUUGCUGCUAUGAGUGUUGCUGCAAGGGUUUCUCAAGAAAUGGGGGUCAAACUUGGGCACGAGGUUGGUUAUUCUAUUCGUUUUGAGGAUUGCACAUCCGAAAAGACUGUUUUGAAAUAUAUGACAGAUGGAAUGCUGUUGCGAGAGUUCCUUGGUGAACCAGAUCUGGCGAGUUACAGUGUGGUGAUGGUGGACGAGGCCCAUGAACGAACACUCUCGACUGAUAUUCUAUUUGGACUAGUAAAGGAUAUUGCUCGAUUUAGACCGGAUCUCAAACUGCUUAUCUCAAGUGCAACGCUUGAUGCUGAGAAGUUCAGUGAUUAUUUUGAUUCUGCUCCAAUUUUCAAAAUUCCAGGGAGGCGGUAUCCUGUUGAAAUACAUUAUACGAAAGCACCAGAAGCUGAUUACUUAGAUGCAGCAAUUGUCACUGCACUUCAAAUCCAUGUGACACAACCACCUGGAGAUAUAUUGGUGUUCCUUACUGGUCAGGAAGAGAUUGAAACAGCAGAAGAAAUAUUGAAGCACAGAACAAGGGGUCUAGGGACAAAAAUUGCUGAGCUGAUUAUUUGUCCCAUAUAUGCAAACCUACCUACUGAGCUGCAAGCAAAAAUUUUUGAAGCCACACCUGAUGGGGCAAGGAAGGUUGUCCUUGCCACAAAUAUAGCUGAAACUUCGUUGACCAUUGAUGGGAUCAAAUAUGUUAUUGACCCUGGGUUUUGCAAGAUGAAGUCGUAUAACCCAAGGACUGGAAUGGAGUCAUUGCUAGUUACUCCCAUCUCAAAGGCAUCUGCAAUGCAGAGGGCAGGUCGAUCUGGUCGAACUGGUCCUGGAAAGUGCUUCCGGUUAUAUACUGCCUACAAUUAUUACAAUGAUUUAGAUGAUAACACAGUACCAGAAGUACAAAGAACUAAUCUUGCAAAUGUUGUGCUUACGUUGAAGAGCCUUGGUAUUCAUGACUUAUUACACUUUGAUUUUAUGGACCCUCCUCCAUCUGAAGCAUUACUAAAAGCCCUGGAACUGUUGUUUGCACUAAGUGCAUUAAAUAAAGUGGGUGAGUUGACUAAAGUCGGUAGAAGGAUGGCGGAGUUUCCUCUUGAUCCCAUGCUAUCUAAGAUGAUAGUUGCUUCUGAUAAGUACAAGUGUUCAGAUGAGGUCAUUUCCAUUGCUGCCAUGCUUUCCAUUGGUAAUUCCAUCUUUUACCGUCCCAAGGACAAACAAGUUCAUGCUGACAAUGCACGUUUGAAUUUUCACACCGGGAACGUGGGAGAUCACAUUGCAUUGCUCAAGGUGUAUAACUCAUGGAAAGAGACCAACUUCUCAACCCAGUGGUGCUAUGAAAACUAUAUACAGGUGAGGAGCAUGAAGCGUGCUAGAGAUAUUAGAGACCAGCUUGAGGGACUCUUGGAGAGGGUUGAGAUUGAGCUGGUCUCAAAUCUCAGUGAUUAUGAGACCAUAAAGAAGGCCAUUACAUCUGGCUUCUUCCCUCAUUCUGCAAAGCUUCAAAAGAAUGGAUCUUAUAGAACAGUCAAACAUCCACAGACCGUCCAUAUACAUCCCAGCUCAGGGCUAUCACAGGUGCUUCCGAGAUGGGUUAUAUACCAUGAAUUGGUACUUACAACCAAGGAAUAUAUGAGACAGGUAACAGAAUUAAAGCCGGAGUGGUUAGUGGAAAUAGCUCCGCAUUAUUACCAGCUGAAGGAUGUUGAAGAUUUGAUGUCAAAGAAAAUGCCCCGUGGAGAAGGGCGUGCACAACAGGAUUGAGAACUUGAAGAUAAUUAUAGAUAUCACUAUGACUGGUGGUUUGUUGGUUGGGGAUGUUAGAGCAAAAGGAGCUUGUAAAUACAAUUUUGUGUACUAAAACAAAACUGCAUUUUCAACUAGUUGACACACUAACAACUUGGGGCUUAUAGACAGUCUUUUUGCAGUCUUUACAAGAGAAUCUGAGGGUAUUCUUUUCUUACCGUUAGGUUACGGGUUUAGUCGACACACAAACGAUUUGGAGUUGGGCAAAUAAGGUGUAAUCUGUAUCUGACAAAUCUGUACAAGAAUAGACGUUCUUAUAUUUAAAUUGAAAUUAUUUGGGGAGGUGACC